AUGUCUGCAACGCCGAUCCCGGAAAACCGGAACCUCCGGCUGCUCCCACUACGCCUGCCUGCCUGCCUGCCUGCCCCGCCCUGUACACGUACGUCCGUGUGUGCCCCGUUGCUAUCAAGAUACCGCGGAAACGUAUUCCGGCCUGUCCGCGUUCAUUAUCGACACGCCGGACGUUUUACCAGCACUCGUGCCGUCCGCGCGCGGCCACGAUUGAUUUCCAGGAUUUAUGGGACCGCCGCGUGUGCUUUCGCCGAGUCGAGACAACGACGACGACGACUCCUACAGGAUAGUAUUGUCGUGUCCUGUUGCUCCCUUCGGUUAAGAUUCAGAGCUACUGCAAAAAUUAAUAUAUUAUGCCUGGCACGUUUAAUAAGUGAUAUAAAUAUCGAAGCUUAUGCAAUUAUUAUGAAAGGUUUCACAGACAGCGUUAUUACGUGCAAAUUGCAAGUAAAGAUCAAACAAAGAUCAAGUUCAAUUGUUUUUGCUGUAUCGAUAAUAAAAAAAUUCCAAAUGAAAUUUUGUAGAUAGAAUUCUUAAAUUUUUAGAAGAUCAGAAUUAUUUUUGAUUCAAACCACGCAAUACGUGAAGAGAAAAAGCAGAAAACAUUUGUGAUUUACGUAAAUCAUUGAUUACAAGUAUAUACGUCACAAUAAAAUUUUAUUAGAAAAGUUCUCCGCUUAUGAAUACUAUGAACAUUCGAUUUUUAAACGCAAAUCAAAUAUGCAGAAAUACCUGA